AUGCUACGGAGGCGAGGUUCAACCCUUGCUAAAGUUUGUGAUCGGCAUACACCUUUCACAUUUCUUUUGUACAGAGUAAAUAUAUAUUCAGAGAGCCUCCUACCUCCGCUCUAUAUUGACACACUCUUCUACUCGGCGCUUCUACUCCAAUUUCUACGUGGUCUUCCACUCUACACUUAUUCUUCCCACAUACUCAAUACCAGAACUCAACGUCUUCAAUUUACAAGCAAGCGAAAAUGGUCCAAGAGGUGUCCAGUUUCUAUUGCUGGCCUUACCUGGCGGAGCUCUAAGAACUCCAAUGGACUAGGCCAGCCAUCCAUGCCAGACGUUGACCUUUACACGGAGGUGCUAAUGGAUAUCGUCUCCAAGCAUAGAGACGCAACUUCAGGACGUCAAUUUACCUAUCUCGAGAUCAGUACUGGAUCAGGUCGGGUGACUCUAGGUAUUUUGAAAAGCCUUUCGGAUGCAUCCUUCAAUACCAGCAACAUAAAUAUGGUUGAUUUAGAUGUUGUGCAGAACAUGCUGGAUUUAGCAGCAAAGCUGGAAUCGAAGACGAGCGGUAUUUCUCCUCCUGUCAACUGGGUGCUAGGUAACGCACUGGAACUCAAAAAGCUUCCCGUUUUAUUACAACCGAAUGGGCAUGUCACCAUAGACCUUCUCCUUUUCCCGUUUGGCAGUAUUGUCCAUAUGACGGGCGAUGGGGAGGUAGAGCAGUUGUUCCAGCAGAUUGCGAAAGUUCUUACGCCAUGCACAGGGCGAGCCUACAUAUCUUUCAUGUAUUGGUUUUUGGUUAAACCAGGCGACAACAUGGAAGCCCACAUCAAUAGUGAAGUCCGACCCCCGCCGAAAGACAUCCAGAGUGCAGAGUUCCCCGGGGUUUCGUACCGUUACGAGAUGAAAAAGAGCGAAUGUCAGGGUCAACUGGUCAUGUACCGCGAAGACGUGCAAGUCUUCAAGCAUGGCGGUGGUGGACAGAGGAGGGAAAUCGAAACUAUCAUGUUACACAGGCAUUGCGUUGGUUUUCCGAACCUGCCAUCACGGCAGCCUAUGAAGCAGCCGGCUUACGACUGCUGGAAACGAAAGUGGAUGGUUUAG